AUGGCUGCCCCAAACAUGGCCUCCCAAGGGAACGAGCCCAUUGCGAUUGUCGGAAGCGGCUGCAGGUUUCCAGGAGGCGCCAACUCGCCUUCCAAGUUAUGGGAUCUGCUGCGAGAACCUCGCGACGUGCUCUGCGAGAUUCCGCCUAGUCGAUUUGAUGUUCGUGGAUUUCAUCACACGGACUCUCAAUUCCCCGGUCACACCAACGUCAAGCACUCUUACCUUCUUCAAGAAGAUGUUGCCAAGUUCGAUGCCCAGUUCUUCAAUAUUACAGCGCCAGAAGCGAUAGCAAUGGACCCACAACAGCGUCUUCUUCUAGAGACGGUUUACGAGGGUUUAGAAGGCGCUGGCUUGACCAUCGAAGGCCUCAAAGGCUCCAACACCGGUGUAUAUGUCGGUGUUAUGUACGUCGACUACGAAUCCCUGCAAUUUCGAGACCUGCAGCAUGUCCCAACGUACCUUGCAAUUGGUACCGCUCGGAGUAUUGUUUCUAACAGAAUAUCAUACUUCUUCGACUGGCAUGGACCCUCACUGACGGUCGACACCGCCUGCUCCUCCAGUCUGGUCGCGGUGCACCAAGCCGUCCAGGCUCUGCGAUCGGGAGAGGUCCGCGUCGCGCUAGCUGCCGGAAGCAACCUUCUACUCGGCCCAGAGCCAUACAUCCACGAGAGCAAGCUGAAAAUGCUGUCACCCGAUGGCCGUUCUCGCAUGUGGGACCAGGGCGCUAACGGCUACGCACGCGGCGACGGCGUAGCCGCAGUUGUGCUCAAGACGCUGAGUGCCGCACUGGCUGACGGAGAUCAUAUCGAAGCUAUUAUUCGCGAGACUGGUGUCAACCAAGACGGUCGCAGUCGCGGCAUCACGAUGCCCAGUGCAGCGGCGCAGGCGUCGCUUAUCCGCGCUACGUACGCCAAGGCAGGACUCAACCCUGAAUCCGAUACUGAUCGGUGCCAAUAUUUCGAAGCCCACGGUACGGGGACGCCGGCGGGUGAUCCGGUUGAGGCCGAGGCCGUGCACACCGCGUUUUUCGGCAACCGAGAUCCCGCCGCGGAUCGUCUCCUCGUCGGUUCGAUCAAGACCAUCAUCGGCCAUACGGAAAGCACCGCCGGUCUGGCCGGUAUUCUUAAAGUCGUGCAAGCCAUGAAGCACGGCUACAUCCCACCAAAUAUGCUGCUAGAGAACCUCAACCCGAACGUGUUGCCUUUCUACGGCAACUUGAAGAUCCCCCAGGAGCUUACUCCUUGGCCACAGGUUGCGCCGGGUCAAAGCCGGCGAGCUAGCGUGAACAGCUUCGGGUUCGGCGGGACAAACGCGCACAUCAUCCUUGAGAGCUAUGAAGCGUCUAGUUUUGAGGAAGAUAAGGACGCCCAAAGUGUCGCACCUUUUCUUUUCUCCGCGCAGUCUAAGUCGUCACUCUUGUCCAGUCUCUCUGCCCACGCCCAGUACUUGGAGCAGCAUCCCGACACUGAUCCUUCAGAUCUUUCCUGGACUCUACGGUCACGUCGCUCUCGCCUUCCGCUGAGACUGGCACUACCAGCUUCAACCAUUGAGGUACUUCAGACCAACCUGAAGGGCAUUAUUGGCAACAGCAACUUCCAGCUGGAAUCCAAGGCUGCCGGCACCAGCACCAAGGAAGCUCGCCUUUUGGGCGUCUUCACAGGCCAAGGCGCACAGUGGGCUCGCAUGGGCGCAGAGCUCGUCGAGAGCUCCCACUAUGCGGCCGGCUUGCUAGCCGCCAUGGACGAAGCCUUGGCUCAACUGCCAGAAGCAGACAGACCAUCCUGGACUUUGAGAGAACAACUACUUGCCAAUGCAAAGACUAGCCAAAUUGGCAGCGCUGUAGUUGCUCAGCCUCUGUGUACCGCUGUGCAGGUCAUUCUUGUCGAGCUGCUUCGGCAAUGUGGCAUCAACUUCGCCGCGGUGGUUGGACACUCUUCAGGCGAGAUUGGAGCCGCUUUCGCUGCAGGGGCGCUCUCUGCUAUUGACGCCAUUCGCAUUGCAUACUAUCGUGGUCUCCACUCUCGUUUGGCUGAAGGCCCAGAGGGUAUUCAAGGUGCUAUGCUUGCAGUCGGAACAACUUUAGACGAUGCCGAGUCUAUCUGCAACGACGACUACUUCUUGGGCAGAGUCAAGGUUGCGGCAUGUAACUCUGCCUCUAGCAUUACCAUCUCAGGCGAUGAAGACGCGAUUGAGGAGAUGAUUGACAUUUUCGAGGACGAGAGCAAGUUUGUCCGACGUCUGCGGGUGGACAAGGCUUACCACUCACAUCACAUGGUCCCUUGUUCACAGCCGUAUCUGGAGUCCAUGAAGCCUUUUGCUAUUCAGAUGAAGCAAUCCGACUCAAGCUGCACUUGGGUCUCCAGUGUCAACUUGGAUUGGUCUCUGGGUGCGUCAAACAGUCUUGAUGCCUCAUACUGGGUGGAUAACCUCCUGUCGCCAGUGCUCUUUAUGCAAGCUGUCGAGAAAGCCAUGCAACUUGGUCCCUUCGACGCCGCAAUCGAGGUUGGUCCCCACCCUGCUCUCAAGGGUCCCGUUCUUGAUACGCUCCGAGAGCAAAAGCUCGAGAUUCCGUACACAGGACUACUCCAGCGCAACACCAACGCAGUCCAGAGCGUCUCCUUCGCAAUCGGGUAUGUGUGGACGCAUGUGGACAACCUCAUUAUCGACUUCGAUCGCUACGAAUCUGCCCUCAGUGGCUCAAAGGAGCACCGCUUCCUCUCCGACUUACCCACGUACCAGUGGAACCAUUCUCAAAGGUAUUGGCAUGAGUCCAACCUUUCACGGAACUUACGCACAAGAAGUCAACCCGUUCAUCAGCUUCUCGGAGACUUGCAGCCCCAGAGCUCAGCACACCAGGUCACAUGGAAAGCGAUUUUACGUCCCCAUGAUCUUCCUUGGGUUCACCAUCACAGAAUCCAAGGCCAGACUGUCUUCCCCGCGGCUGCAUAUGCGGCCACAGCGUUUGAAACAAUUCCUUUCCUCGCUGAGGAGGCUUCCGUUGAGCUCAUGGAGAUCAAAGACCUCGUCAUUCACCAGGCUUUGAUAUUCGGAAACGACGAGCAAGAGUCUGGCAUUGAGGUUCGGUCGAUGGUCAGCAAUAUUAACCGGAAUGACCCCUCUUCUAUCACAGCCCAUUUCACGUAUGAGGCAUGCAUCGGAUCGCAAAAGGACUUCCAGCUAGUCGCUAGUUGCGACGUUUCCGUCUCCCUUGGCGAGGCGUCUCGUGACAUGCUCCCCGCGACUGCCAGGAUUGAGCCUUACAUGGUCGACGUCGACACCGAGUUGGCGUACUCUUCUCUCAACGAUGUCGGCUAUGGAUACACGGGUCCUUUCAAAGCUCUGUCUGGCUUGAAGAGGAAGCUUGGCAAGGCGUCUGGUUCCCUCGCCUUGACAACCCCCGAGUCCAAUGCCAAGGUUCUCAUCAUCCAUCCAGCGGUGUUGGAUGCAGCCUUUCACUCUAUUAUCUUGACUUUUAGCUACCCUGAAGAUGGCAGACUCUGGAGUCUCCAUUUACCGACUCGCAUCGACAAGAUCAGAAUCAACCCUUCUCUGUGCGGGCGUCACUGGUCAGACAUUGUCGAAGUCCCAUUUGUCGCAUCCAUGUCCGAUGAAGAGGAGUCCAGAGACACCUCCGGAUUUCAGGGCGAUGUCGAUAUUCACGACAAAGAGGGAGAGUUCACUGCUGUUCAAGUGGAAGGACUCCAUGUUGUACCCUUCACCCCCGCUUCCCCAGCCGAUGACCAACAGCAGUUCUAUGCCACGCAAUGGGUUCACUCAGAGCCUAACGCUGAUAUUCCUGGCACUUACGAUGCCUCGGUUCAAGACAAGGAUAUGGCAGUCAUUUUGGAGCGUGGCAGCUACUUCUAUCUCCGCCAGCUGGAAAACCAGAUUCCAGAGGGCCACCUUGGGCGAUCUGACCCGUACAAUGCCGCCUACCUGUCUUUCGCUUCUCGUACCCACAAGCUCGUCCAGCAAGGGAAGCAUCGCUACGCAAAGAAGGAAUGGCUCAAUGACACACUGGAAGACAUCCUAGCCCUUUCCAAGCCGUUCUCCGAUCAACCUGAGAUCAAGGCUAUGCAUAUCGUCGGAGAGCAGAUGCCACGGGCUAUACUGGGGGAGACAACCAUGCUCGAGCACUUGAUGAAUAACGGGUUGUUGGCCGACUACUACGCUCAGGCCCGAAGCAUCACCCGAGGUACCGAGAUCUUGGCUGAGACUGUCGUGCAAAUUCUACAACGGCAUCCCGAGAGCAAGAUUCUGGAAGUCGGCGCCGGCACCGGACAGGCGACCCGAGAGAUUUUCAAGCGGGUCGAUGACAAUUUCUCAACCUACACGUUCACCGAUGUCUCGGCGGCAUUCUUCGACAAGGCCGAAGCGGAGUUUGAGGCAUUUGAGGAUCGCAUGGUUUACAGCGUUCUGGACCUUGAGCGGGAUAUGAAGACUCAGGGCUUCGAAGAGCAUUCGUAUGACAUCGUCGUAGCCUCCUUCGUCCUACACGCCACGAAGAGCAUUGAGCAGACUGUGCGUCGCGUGCGAUCGCUUCUGAAGCCAGGUGGCUACCUCAUUCUCUACGAGGUUACGAAUAUCGAUAUCAUCCGCGGCACUGCCCUUUUUGGAUGUCUUCCGGGAUGGUGGCAAGGCGUUGAGGAAGGCAGAACCCUGGGUGCGUGCGUUUCCGAGUCCAAGUGGGAUGCCAUCCUGCGCAAGACUGGGUUCUCCGGAGUCGAUACCAUGACACCCGUCAAGGACGCUAUGUCUCUUCCCAACUCCGUCAUGGUGUCGCAAGCGGUAGAUGACUGGGUCGAGUUCAUUCGAGAGCCCCUCUUGGCAUCUCCUUCGCUGUUUGUUGGACAGUCUAUCAUCAAGCAUCUCUUCAUUAUUGGAGGGGCCACUUUGAAAGUCUCUCGCUUGGUACAAGAUAUCCGAAAGCUGAUCCAUGCUUUCUGCGACGAUAUCACAGCGGUUGAAUCUCUGGAGAGACUCGGUGAUGUUGAGAUCGACUCGAACGCCACUGUCCUUGUUCUAGAGGAUCUCGACCACCCCGUCUUCAAAGACAUCACUGCGACACGAUGGGCUGGUCUAAAACAUCUCUUCGGAUCCGAGAAGUCUAUUGCGUGGAUCACGCAGGAUCGCAUGGUCGAAAAUCCAUUCGGCAACAUGGGCGUCGGCUUCGCACGAUCAGCCCUAUGGGAGAUCCCGGAGAUCCGAUACCAGUUCAUCGACUUCCAGGAUGCGCAUCGCAUUGACGCGAGGGCGUUGGUUGAGUCCGUCCUGCGCUUCCAGAUGUCUGGCUCCGUCCAAGACCAGAGUCAGGGCAAGUCCCUUUGGUCUGUGGAGUCGGAGAUCAUCAUCGACUCAGACGGAUGCCAGUUGGUUCCAAGAAUGAGACCCGUUAGCACCGCCAAUGAACGCUACAACUCGGCGCGCAGAACCAUCGUCAAGGAUGCCCAGACUCUAGACUCGCAAAUCGCGAUUGAGAAUGUGGAUGAUCGGUACACCCUUGUCCAGCGGUCUCCUUCAGCUGGUGAACGUUCCAAUAGCGGCGCCGUCACCUUGAAGUUGACGCAUUCCAGCUUGCAGGCCAUCAAGACUGAUGUUGGCGAUGCAUUCUUGGUACUAGGAAGCUGCGCAAAGACUGGCACUCAGUACGUUGGCCUCUCUGAAUCUGUUGCAUCUGUCGUCAGUAUUUCGAAAGACAGUCUCGUCACUUGUUCUGUUGCCCCUGAGUCUGCGGCGGUGUUUUUGUCAGAUGUUGCUGCGCACCUCCUGAUGCCAGGACUUAUGGCCGCUCUCGGCAAAGGCGACACUCUCUUGGCCCACAAUGCUCCCGAAGCGGUGGUAAAGCUACUUGGUAGCCGUACCAAGGGUGCUGACAUCAACCUGGUCUGCACUUCAUCGUCAAAAGAGAUUGCGAAGCAUACUGAUGCUGUCUAUAUCGGACGUUACAUGCGCCAAUCUGAGAUCAAGACCCUUCUCCCCACCAAUAUCUCUCGAUACAUCGAUUUCGCGACAAAUGAUGGUCUAUCAUCAGUGGCUUCUUGCUUGCAAGCCAGUGUUCCUAUUGUCAAUGCGUCUUCCUUAUUCGCUACGACUGCAAAGAUGGGCCGAGCUUCUGCCGACAAUAUCAAUGAGCUUCUGGCAAAUGCAACGACUGAAGUACUUUCAGCUCUUGUGAAAUGCACGCAAGAUGACGCAGCAGUCAGCUUGAUUGGUGUACAAGAUCUCCAGAUGGUUAAGGAAGCUCCUAGAGCCCUUACUAUUGUCGGCUGGGACGUCUCUUUGGUUUCCAUCACUGUCCAGCCCGCAUCGGCUCAGUUCAAGGCAGACCGGACUUAUUGGCUGGUCGGACUCUCUGGAGAUCUCGGAAUCUCUAUCGCAGACUGGAUGAUCCGAAAUGGCGCCAAGCACCUAGUCAUCACCAGCCGCAAUCCCAAGGUCGAUGAGAGGUGGCUUAAGACCACGGAAGCCAGAGGUGCAGUGGUUCGCGUUGUAGCAUGCGAUCUCACCGACUACGAUGCCCUUGCGCAGGCACACCACGAGAUUUCCAGCACACUGCCCCCAAUCGCCGGUGUUUACCAAGGCGCCAUGGUUCUGCUCGACAUGGCACUCCGCGAUAUGGGGCUCGAAGACUUCAGCCGGGUUCUCCGCCCCAAGGUCGAGGGUAGUCUGAAUCUAGACCGCGUCUUGGGAGAUGAGCCACUGGACUUCUUCAUCUUCUUCUCUUCCGUCGCCACUGUUGCAGGUAAUCCCGGCCAGGCAGGUUACACGACAGCCAACCUCUUCAUGAGCGGCAUGGCACAGCAAAGACGCAAGCGUGGUUUGCCCGCGUCAGUCGUGGAGUUGGGCUUGAUCAUGGGCACGGGCUACAUCACCCGCGAAAAGGGCAACGUCCUGACCCGGCCCUCGUUUGAACGAGGUCUCUUGACCAUCUCUGAGUACGACGUUCAUCAGACACUAGCAGAGGCCAUUCAGUAUGGCCACCCUGAGUCGGGUGCCGAGUGGCAGAUUUCGAUCGGGCUGAGACGCAUGCCUGCAAAUGCACCGAACCGGCCGCAGUGGUAUAGUUAUCCUCAAUUCGCGUGUCUCACAGAGAGGGCCGCAGUUGAAGACACGAGCGCGACUAAUACCCAGGCUGGUCCGUCUAUCAAGGACCGAUUGGCCACUGCAACUACAAGAGAUGAUGUAGAGAAGAUCAUCACUGGAUCAUUCAUAGCCGAGAUGCGCAAGAUGCUCCAUCUUAGCGAUGACUACGCCAUCACGCCUGCUGUCCGUACUGACGAGCUCGGACUUGACUCUCUCGUUGCUGUCAGAAUCCGGUCCUGGUUCCUCAACAACUUCCAAGUCAACAUUCCCGCACUACGAAUUCUCAAGGGUGAAGCCCUUCAAGGUCUCAUCGACCACGCCGUGGGAGAGAUCCCGGAAGAGCUGGCACCGAAGCUGUUCUCCUCCUCGCAGUCCGAGGACACCUCGCCAUCCUCGGAAGAGUCAUCCCAAAAGUCUGGAACCCCGCCUUCAACGGCUCCCGAGACAGAGAAUUCUUCCAUCGUUAAUGGCGAUCUCGAAACCAAGGAGGAGAAAGAGGCAAGGCCUCAGGAAGUCCAGUUGGAAAGGUUCGGGCGCUUGUCUUACACCCAGUCAGUAUUCUUGUUCGUACACGAGCUCUUGCCUGACAAGACCACUCUGAACAACACAGUUAUGCUUCAUCUUAGCGGAGAAGUGCGCAUUCCCGAUCUCUCCCGCGCUGUUCGAGCACUGGGAGAACGCCACGAGUCGUUGCGUAGCUGCAUCUGCGAACGCGACGGCCAGCCCAGUCAAGGAGUCAUGAGGACACCUUCCUUCACCCUUGAGCACAAGAGGAUCUACACCAAGAAUGAACUUUUCGACGAGUACGCUGCGCUCCGAGGCCAUGUUUUCGACCUGAGUCAAGGCCAGGCCAGCCGGACAAUCCUUCUCUCAUACUCGCCACGGGAUCACUACCUUCUGAUGAGCUCCCACCACAUCUUCUUCGAUCGAGCCAGCAACGACGCUGUCAUGAGUGACCUAGAGCGGAUUUACAACGGAUAUCCCCACGACCCGAACCCUCUCCAGUACCUUGACUACUCCGACGACCAGCAAAGACAGUACUCAUCUGGGGAAUGGGACGAAGCCAUAAAGUUUUGGCGCAACGAGUUCACCACCAUCCCUGACCCCCUAUCCCUCCACCGCAGCCAAAUUUCCGAUCGACAGCCCCUCGAGCGCUACGCAUCCCGCAUCCCAGACUUCCGCAUCGACAAGCAGCUCUCGGCGAAGAUCCGCCAAGUUGCGAGGAAGCACCGCGCCACACCGUUCCAUUUCCACCUCGCCGCCUUCAAAGUCCUCCUCCACCGCUUUCUCGGCACCACCGACGUGUGCAUCGGUAUCGCAGACAGCUGCCGACGAGACGAUCACAUGCGCACCGGAAUCGGCCCAUUCCUAAAUAUGCUGCCCCUGCGCAUGGCCGCCAACGCGGAGCAGCCCUUCCUAAGCGCCCUCGACGAGGCACGGGAGAAGAGCUUCGCCGUCCUCGCCAACUCGAUCCCACUCGAGGUUAUCUUGAAUGAGCUCCGCGUCUCACGUCAGGCUACGCAUACACCCCUGGCACAAGCAUUUAUGAACUACGCCGAGAACGACCUCGAAGACGGCCAGACGUUCCUCGGGUGCCGGAUGACGAUGAUGAAGCAGGAGAUGGCUGAACUUCCUUAUGACAUCACCUUCACCGUGAUCAACAACACCACCGGCGACACCCGUAUUCUCUUAAAUUUGCAGGAGUCUUUGUACACGGACUCUGAUGCGCAGAUCUUACAGCACGGGUAUGAAGAUAUUCUCCGCGAGUUCGCCAACGCACCGGAUCAGGCAGUUGGUAGCACGUGGCACUUUAGACCUGCUGUUCUGCAGAAGGCUCUUACACUGGGACGCGGCCCGGCUUUCAACUCUUCUUGGCCCGAGACCCUCGUUCAUCGAUUCGACAGCUUCUUCCCAACUGUCGUGGAGAGAGUCGCGGUUACCGAUGACGCUGGUGGCUCGAUUACCUAUACACAGCUCUCUACCAAGAUGAACACAAUUGCAUCGGAACUCAUUCGCCAAGGUGUGCAACCCGGCUCUAGAGUCGCUGUCCUUCAGCAACCAUCAAUUUGUUGGAUUCCUUCUCUUCUAGCGAUCCUCAGGAUUGGCGCGGUCUAUGUCCCACUGGAUGUCAAUACUCCAGUCGCAAGACUGUCUCUGAUCGUACGCGACUGCCAACCCUCGUCAAUCCUCGUUCACGAAUUGACUUUGGACGACGCAACCAGACUGGAGAUCGAGCAAGGCACUUCUCUAGUCAACGUAUCAGACUUCAAAGAGUCGAAUGAGAAUUCGGUUUUCAACCUCGCCCAACCGGAUGCACCGGCUAUCAUCCUUUACACCAGCGGCUCAACGGGAACCCCGAAGGGAGUCAUUUUACGCCAUAGCAGCUUAAAGCAUGAGUUCGAUCACUGCGCCGCCACAUAUGAGUUGAAACAAGACGAUGUGGUUCUCCAGCAGAGCGCCUGGAGCUUCGACUUAUCCGUGACGCAAAUCUUUCUGGCUCUCGGGGUGGGAGCCCAGUUGCACACGGUAUCCCACACCAUGCGCGCAGACUCGCACGCGAUGACCGAGCUUAUCAAGAAUCGCGGUGUGACAGCUACCUAUGCUACACCGACUGAGUACAAGAGUUGGCUGAGGCGUGAAGACCAACCUGCAUUGCGAUCCUCAGCCUGGCGCUUGGCUCUCGUUGCCGGUGAAGCCGUCACUGAGCCGCUUCUCCAUCUCUUCCGCGAGGUGGACCGCGAAGGUCUCCGUCUCUUCAAUGUGUACGGUCCCACAGAGACAACAUGUGGAUCUACCAAGAUGGAGCUAUCGUACGGUGUACCUGGAUUCUACCAAGGGUCCAUACCCGUCGGUUUGGCAUCCGCAAACGAGCGGUUCUACAUCUUGGACCCCAGCCAGAACCUCCAGCCGGUUGGGCAGGCGGGUGAGAUAACCAUCGGCGGUGUCGGUGUUGCUAUGGGCUACUUGAAUUUGGACGAGCGGGCUCGAGCAUCCUUCUUGCCGGACGUCUUUGCAACCGAGGAAGAUUUGAAGCGCGGAUGGACAACCAUGUACCGAACAGGCGACGUCGGAUUCCUGCAGCCCAACGGGACACUCGUUCUGAAGGGUCGCAUUGGAGACGACACAGAGGUCAAGCUCAACGGUGUGCGCAUUGAUCUCAAAGACGUGGAGAAGACCAUCCUGCAAGCUUCUCGCGGCCUUCUCGCCGAUGCUGUGGCCUCUCUUCGCAGUACAUCUGACGGAUCUGUCAAGUUCAUGGUUGUCUACGUUGUCUUCUCGGCCGAGAGCCUGGGCGAGAAUAAGAGCAAGUUCCUCAGAACACUUCUCGCAGAAUUACCAUUGGCGCGAAACAUGUGUCCAUCUGCCCUCAUCCCGAUCGAUUCUCUUCCCCGAACUGUGGCUGGCAAGGUCGACAGACGCGGUAUCGCUUCUCUUCCGAUAUCGCAAGGCCUUUUCCACCGCGCUGAGCAUGAGACGGAUGGCAUCAGAGGGAAUACAAGGCUAUCCACGGCUGAGAAGACACUCAAGAGGUACUGGGAAGCCGUGAUUCCCGAGGAGUUGACUGGACUCCACGAAAUCGAAGCCGAUUCGGACUUCUUUGUAAUCGGAGGUAACUCGCUUCUCCUGAUUGAGCUUCAGGGUCGGAUUCGCGCAGAUCUCGGCAUCUUUAUCGCCUUGCCUAAGCUUUUCCAAGCUACCACCCUUAGGUCGAUGGCUCGACUUCUUCCCGGCAUGGACGACCUCCAGCCGGAGCUGGACGCUCAGAUCGACUGGUCAAGCGAAACGGCUCUGCUUCCAGAGGAUGUUACCCCCGUGGAUGAUAGAGCGAAUUCAGUUGCGAAGCCCCCUCGCACUGUCGUCUUGACGGGAGCCACGGGCUUCCUCGGCCAGUACCUUGCCAGAUCCCUCGUGGAGAAUGAAAACAUCGAGAAGGUCAUCUGCAUAGCCGUCAGGAACGCCAAGGACCAGACCCGCCAAGAUUUACUUUCUGACCUGGGACCCAAGGCAGAGUUCUACGAAGGUGAUCUGAGCUCGGCUCGUCUCGGUCUCACUGAAGCAGCAGCCCUCCGUGUAUUCCAAUCCGCCGAUGCGGUGAUCCACAACGGCGCCGACGUGUCGCAUCUCAAGAGCUACACUUCCCUUCGCGCAUCCAACCUCGGAGCGACGCAAGAGCUCGUCCGACUGUGCAGUCCCCGGCAAAUACCGCUACACUACUUGUCCACCACAGGUGUCGCCAUGUACACCCCCUUCGAGGAGCUCAGUGAGGUGUCGGUACGCGAGCACACGCCUCCAGUAGAUGGCCAACACGGCUACAUCGCAUCCAAGUGGGCCAGUGAGGUAUACCUUGAGAAUGUUCACGCGGAAUCCGGCCUACCGGUGCACAUUCACCGCCCAUCGAGCAUCAUCCGCCCCGAAUCUGACAGGACCGGCGAGAACCCGGCUGCAGAUGUCCUGCAAAACAUGCUCGACUACUCACGGCGGGUACGCGCAGUGCCAGCGGCGCCCGGUCUUAGAGGCUUCGUCGACUUGGUGAAGCCCGAGACGGUCACACGUGAGGUGGUGGGGGCCGUCAUGUCUAGGUCUCAGGGGGAUGGGGUUGUGUACGUUCACGAGUCCGGUGACUUGGAGCUGGAUGUGAGGCAAAUAAAAGAGUACUUGGAGACUGAAACCGGGGGAACUGUUGAGGCGUUGGUUUUGGACGACUGGAUUGAUCGCGCGGAAGAAAUUGGGCUGUCGCCUGCCAUGGCGGCCGUGUUCCGGAGUUCGCUAGGGUCUGGCGAGCCGAUGAAUCUGCCCAAGUUGCUGCGGCGAUGA